AGGGCUGAGCGGGACGGGGCGGGCGGCGGAGCGGGGCGGCCUCGCCUCGGCGCUGCCGGGUCCUGCCCGCGUCCUGUGCGGGGCCGGGCCGGGAUGCGGCGAGCCCGGCCGCCCCCGCGGGCCGCUGCCGCUGCCAUCGCCCGGGACCCGCGGCCUCCCCCGGACAUUGGCAGCAAAUCCCGAUUCUGUUCCGAAGCGAGUGGGGAACGCGGCAGCUCCGGAGAGCUCCCGGGCCGCCCGCGGGCACCCUCAGCCUGCGCGUGUGGCUGGAAAUGAUCCCGUGCCCUCGCUCUGCCAAAAACCGGGAGAAACCGCAGGUCUGGAAAGGAAAGUCUUUCCUCAUGGCAGAAGUCGCUCCACUUAAAGUUCCUGGGUAAUCGUUGCAGUUGGAUUGCUGGUUCUGGUCCUUAUUGCUCUGUCAGCUCGUGUUCUUGUCAAGAGAAAGCCACCCAAGGACCCGCUGUUCUAUGUGUAUGCUGUAUUUGCCUUUACAAGUGUAGUGAAUCUAAUAAUUGGACUGGAACAGGAUGGAAUUAUUGAUGGAUUCAUGACUCACUACUUGAGAGAGGGUGAGCCCUACCUGAACACCGCCUACGGCCACGUCAUCUGCUACUGGGACGGCUCCGCGCACUACCUGAUGUACCUGCUGAUGGUGGCAGCUAUUGCUUGGGAACAAAGCUAUAGAACUAUUGGUCUCUACUGGCUGGGUUCCAUUAUCAUGAGCAUUAUUGUCUUUAUGCCUGGAAAUAUUGUGGGCAAAUAUGGAGGAAAAGUGUGUCCUGCUAUUUUCCUAAGUAUCCCAUAUGUCUGCCUCCCCAUAUGGGCUGGGUUCAGAAUUUAUAACCAACCUUCAGUGACUCACGAUGCUCCAGUCAAGGUGGUUCAGGAAGUCCAGAAGAAAGGACUCUUAAGAAGACCAAUAGAUUUGAUGUUAGCUGCAUACCUCAUUCUAGCCACGGGGUUUUGCAUAUUUAGGGGCAUGAUUGCGCUGGACUGCCCUGCCGAGCUCUGCCGGCUGUACAUCCAGCUGCACGAGCCCUACAUAAAGGAUCCUGCUGCCUACCCCAAGCUCCAGAUGCUGGCAUACAUGUUCUACUCAGUGCCAUACUAUGUGAUUGCUCUGUAUGGCCUGCUGGUGCCUGGUUGCUCCUGGAUGCCUGAUUUGACCCUUAUUCAUGCUGGAGGACUAGCUCAGGCUCAAUUUUCCCAUAUUGGUGCUUCUCUUCAUGCUCGAACUCCUUACAUCUACAGAGUCCCUGAAGAAGCAAAAGAGUUUUUCCUGAUAUUGAACAUAAUGUAUGGGAUUCUUCCCCAGCUGUUCGCUUACAGGUGUGUCAACAAGCCAGAGUUUUUUAUGAAACCAAAACAAGAAGAAAAGACAGAAUAGCAGAACUGUUUCCAGCUCCUGUCCUUGGCUAUGUACAUAACUGGGUUGGGAUGUAACUGAACUGCUCAAAUGGAGCCCAAAUGUAAGAUGUGUGAAAUUGCACAACUGUGUAGUCGCACGGCCUGCUUUGUUUAUCCUACUGAAAAGGGGAAAAUAAAGACGACUGCCUUUAGCACCACUUCUCAACAUUGUGACUUUGCGUGGCAGUGGAUUGCCAGUUCCCACAGCUAUUUUUAAGUGAGCUGCUUUGACAGUUUUAGAAAUACUGAAGUUAAAUAAUAAUAAUAAUGAUGUCAGUGUUUAGCCUCCGCACGCAGAGGAAUAGCAGUGCUAGCAGUCCCUGCACACAGCCACUGCACAACAUCAAGGUCAGCAUUGUGAAGCAUGAAAAAUUAACAUACAUAACUCUGUCACAUGCACAUGUUUUAUUUGUCAAAAAAGUCUGUCUUGUGGGUCAACCUUGUUAAAAAUCCCAAGAAAUCUUUUAAGAAGCAAUCAACUUUUAUGGUUAAGACUCCGUAUCUGAUAAGUGAAUAGUUUUGUUAAUUCUCUUCAGGAUUCACUCCUGCAAGGACUGCUCAGCUGCUCAGGUGCUCAGCAGCACUCGUGGGCUGGGCACAGAGGGCUCGUGUGUUUCCAGAGAGGAGGGGUUUUGGCUGUGUCUCUGCAGCUACUUUUGCUAAUGCUGCUGGCUCAGAAACAAGCAGCAGCAAACACAGCGACCUUGGUUUGGGCAGCUUAUGUUUCUAUUUGCAAUUACAGCUAUUUCUAUGCCUUCUGUGUGUAUUUAUAUUGAAAGCAGUACACCUAGUGCCUUUCUCACAGAUGAAACUAGCUGAUACAUUUUAACUGGAAACACUUUAUUUGGGUGUGUUGAUUUCUUGGUGUUUUGAUUGAAAGAGUUUUAUUUUUAAGCCUAAUCAGUAACAAGGAAGCAGUUCACAUGCCUGUGUGUUGCACCCUGCACGAGGGGACCUUCAGGGCACUGAGAAAUUCAGGCUGUAGCUCUCUCCUGCCGUGCAGUUCCCAGCAGCAGUCAGAGGAGAGGCCCCAGGUUUUACACCUCCAGCCAAAGGGGCAGGUCCAAAACAACCAGAGCACAGCUCAGGCAGUGCUUGCUGGCACCCAGCACCCCUGGAGCAGCUCCUGAGGCUUUGGGACAGCUCCAUCCCAGUGCCUCUUCCCAGGGAAACAACCCCGGUGCUGCCACAGGACGUGCCGGCUCACAGACGGUAUCUGAGCCUCUGGUGUUACUGCUGAUGUCUUUAAAGAAACUUUGAAUACAUUCAAGGUGAAUUUAAUGACCUCCUGUUAUCCAGAAAAGGCAAAGUACAGAAAAAAUAAAGAUCUCACCUGCACUUGUAUCUAUUAUGGUCAACUCAUGUUAACAGAAUGUUUUGCUUUAAUACUUGACUUACAUUAAUACCUCACAUUAUUACACGUAUGAAGCCAAAUAUGACGCUAACUUAGUUGCUUACAACCUCAAACCUUACUCCCAAUACACAUUCCAAUAAAUUUAUUCUGUAAAAACAA